GUGGAUAUUAAGAGUGUACUCCAAGUCGGUUCUGGUGACUUUGAAAUAGUCUUAACCAACAAUGUGACUGAAAUUAAAGUAGAAGACUUCUCUGUGCAGGCGCCACUCCAUGUCCAACUAGAUAAGCCCAUUUUUGUCACAAAUUACUCUGACACACCACUCAAUUUUGUCACAAUUCCCAAAAGCGAUUACAACAAAAUUGUGGUGUUGUCUAAGAACAGGAGAGUCACUGUGAAUAAUGGAGAACUCAGUUGUGACGGACAAGGACUUUUGCCACAAAGCCAAAGCGAUUGUCAAAGCGUUGGUCUUGUGAAACACUAUUGUUACUCUUUAAAUAACAAAUUCUUCUUAGACCAGACUUAUACCCAUCUCGACUAUUCGUGUCCUUGUCAAGAUCAGGUACAGACAACGUGUCACUUAAAAAUAGACAAGACUACCUUACAAUUCAAUAUUAACUUUCCAGUCACACAAGUCUUUGUUGAUAACACUGUGACACUUCUCACAGUCGGAAAGUCGUUUUUGCUCACAACAAAUUUGCAACAAGAAAAUUCUGUGACAAUACGUGGCACCAAUAACAACGUGUUUGUACAAACAGAAAACAUCUUUUCGAUAACAAGUGACUACCUCAACAUCAUAUCACUUCCAUCAAGAAAUAUCACAUUCUUGAUACCAACAGCAAAGAGUAAAACAAAGACAAACACAGAAAGUGUCGAUGUAACUAUGACGGAAGACACUUCGAAUUAUUGCACGUCAUUAUUCAUCAAUCAAACAACAAAAUGUCUCAUUUGUGGAGAACGAACAGCUCAAGAUGGAAUGUGUGAAGCCCGUCCCACAGUCGAAAAAUGUGAAUUGUACGACCAAAAGGGGUUUUGUGUCACAUGUGAAAUUGGGUACUUUCUCAAAGUAACAGUAGCUGAAAGAAUGUGUGUUCCCUGUUCUGUCAAUUGUGAACGGUGUGACGAAACAAAGUGUGUUCUUUGUGCAAAUGGUUAUAAAGUGUCACAACUUGGCAAAUGUGAAAGUGUGAUUAAUUGUGAAUUUUACACACUUGGGAUGUGCAAAAAGUGUCUUUUUGGUGACAAAACAACGGAUUACCAAAUUUGUGACACUAAAUGCGACACUUCUUGUUACGAGUGUUAUUCCCUCAAAAGUGAAGGGAUUGUUAAUGAGCGUUGUGAUGUCUGUAACAUCGAUAACCAGUACAUGAAAAAAGACUCAAGUUGUAUAUUAAGUCAAUGGAGUGACAUAGUAUCAAACAAUCACGUUGUACAAUGUACAGAGGGUACACAAUUUGUGAAUGAAAAAUGUGAAAUGUGUCCUUCACGGUGUUCAAAAUGUGCCGACUCAAAUUGUAUGGAAUGUAAAGAUAUCACAGAUGUAUUAAUUGAUGGUGUUUGCUAUGAACAAACAACGACUUUGUGUCAAAUAAUAACCGAUGGCAUUUGUAAGAAGUGUGACACAAACCAUUUUUUUAAUUACAAAACGCAGAGAUGUGAAAGUAUUGAUGAGUCAUGUCAAGUUGCUUUGUAUGAUGGAAAAUGUCUCAAAUGUGUCAACAAAUUUGAUUAUGUGUCUUCUGAUGGUAAGAAGUGUCUUUCAAAACAAAGUGAUAUGACUUGCGAAUAUGCCGAAUACGGCGUAUGCAAGCGGUGCAUCAAUGGGUAUUACCUUGACGAGACAAAAUGUGCUCCAUGUAUCGAAAAGUGUAUUUUAUGUUCAAACAAGUCAAAUUGUGAGCAGUGUAUUUCCAAUUAUAUAUUUAAUACGACAUCACUCUCUUGUGAAACAUUUUCAAUUCCACAUUGUCUGAUAUACAAAGGAUAUGCAUGUGAUAAAUGUGAAAAUGGGUAUUACAAGACGAAUGGCAAAUGUUCAAUAUGUGAAAAUAAUUGUGAGUAUUGUACAUCAAAAGAGAAGUGUAUAUUAUGUUCUUCUGAUUAUUAUCUCCACGAAGAUUCUUGUUAUCAUUCCACUGAUAACAAAAUUCAGAAUUGCACAUCUUUUAGUCCAACUGGUUGUUUAAAAUGUAGUUUGGGUUCUUAUUUAUCCGACAACAUAUGUUUGCCUUGUGAUUCGUUUUCAUCAAAUUGUAUAGAGUGUGACUCCUCAACGCAUAUGUGUCUGACAUGUACAAACACUUACAUAUUAAUCAAUGGUACUUGUACCUAUUAUGAAAAGAUAAAGCACUGUAUUCGUGAACGAGAUAACAAAUGUGAUGAGUGCUCCUUUUCAUAUGUGUUAGGAAAAGAUAAAGUGUCGUGUACAUUUCAAAUAGUAGGAUGGGUGGUGUCUCUUUGCAUCAUCUUUUUCUUCAUUCUACUUGCCAUUCUCAUCUUCUUAAUUUUCAUGGUAUUUGUGGCCUUCAGCAACCACAACGAAAAGGUGAAACAAAUGAGGACUAAUGGCAUUUUCCCUUUAAAAUACUGUGAUGUGCAAUUAACACCUUACCCAACAACUCCAUCACUCCUCACAAGUACAACAUUAUUAGAAUAUCAAGACAAACUUCAGAUUCACAGAGAAUAUAUUGUCGAUUUUUAUAUCGGAAAUAAAGAUCAGGAAACAGUCACUAUUACCUUUUUAGUUACCAAAGAUACUCGAUACAACGUUUCAUUUGAUCCAGAAGUACUUGUAUUAAAGUCAAACAAAUGUUGCCAAGUCAAAGUACUGUUGAUGCCACUCUGCACCUUCUCUUCCCAAAUUCCAUUAACUUUUCCAGUCUCGAUCAACAACAAGAGUGUGACACCCUUAGAAUUUAAAGUCGCUGUUACUUCAGCAGAGAGUUUGAGUCUUGACCCAACCUUGUUAGACUUCAACGAGACGUUGAAGACCAAUUUCACAGAAGAUGUUUGCAUCGGGAGGUUUAACAACAAAUCAGUGAAAGUGAGGAACAUUGGGUUUUUCGACUACAAACAGUCUGAAGAAAAAAGAUCGUAUGAAGAUCCCUUAGUCAUCUUAGAGGCAUUCCCAAACAACCCGUUUUUAGUGAAAUACUUUGGGAUGGUAACAAUGAAAAGUGCUCGGUACUUAGUCACUGAAUAUGUUCCUCUCGGUACUAUGCAAAAUGCCAUCGACGCAAAAGCAAACUACCCAUUCAAAUUGAAAGCUCGGAUCUGCCAAGACAUUACCACCGCCUUAUCUAUUUUGCACACACACAACUUUUUACACUUAAACAUCAAACCUUCCAACAUUUUACUUCUUGGAGAAGACUUGUCCGACCCUCAAAAUAUUCCAGUCGCUAAAUUGGCUGACGCCGGUUAUAAGUAUCACAUCAACAAAUUCUUCAAUAAGAAAAUUGAAGUCGUGGAAGACCCAACUUACUUAGCUCCAGAAAUUUUAAACGGUCAAAAACUUACACAAAAAACUGACAUAUAUUCCCUUGGAAUGGCAAUGUAUGCUACCCUUGCAAUGGCCAAUCCCUUCUCCCCAAUGGAGUUUAAGCACUCUUGGACAAUUGAAAAGUUUAUUUGUGUUGGCAGACGUCCUCCUUGUUUGAUUGGGAUGGAUCCAACACUUUUUGACAUCAUCGCAAAUUGUUGGGAACACUGUUCUGCAGAUCGGCCUGUGGUGAAUGAGGUGCUUCAAAACAUUAGAGGCAUUACUUCUCAUUUUAUUCAGUGA